AUGGAUCAGUCACUAUUCCAAGCCACUGCGGGUCAUAUCUCCUCGCGCUUCCAGACCCAAGAGGAUGUCGAAGUCGCACGAGAAAACAAGAAAAAGGAAUGGGAGGACGCGUACAAGAGGAUCGGUCAAGAGCCACCACCUCAAGAGCCGGAGGAAGAACAUGAUGGGCGAACCCUCUACGAACGAUUGCAAACACAGAAGGAAAUAAAAAAUGAAGAAUGGGAUACCAAGAUGAAGCUCUCGAAUCAAUGGCGGGGGCUUAACGCAGAAGAGAAGCGAUUUCUACAAGACAAAGAAGAAGAAAAGCGGAGAGCACAGAAGGAAAUUGAGACUCGUGAAACAGAAGAGUUGAGGCAGUAUAGAGAACGAUUGGCCGAACGGAAGGGUGGAAUAGGCAGCGAUGCGCCUCCUCCGCCUACUUCUGCGCCGGCGGCCAAAGUGGUAGCCAAGAAGGUCCCAGUCAAGGACGGAAAGAAGAAAGAUGUCAAGACUCUGAUGAAAGGUGUGGUGGUCAAGAAGAAGGCCAAGGCUCCUGUGGCCACGAAACCUGCCACGGAAGAAGCGCCAACUGCCAAGAUUGGGAGCAAGCGUGAUGCAUCUGAUGAGGGAGAUGAAGGCGGAGAAGAUGAGAAGCGACGGAAAGUCGAGAAAGCAGAGUAG